AUGCCUUGUAAAGACAACGGAACACAGCAUUUCUUCUUCUGCAAAAAUGCCCGAGGGGAAGCAAUACUUGUACCGGCACCGGAGGGGGCGGAGGAGGGAUCUUCUCCCUUUCACAGCAAACGGAUGCCAGCUCACUGUCCUGCGUUUCUUAAGGUGUUCGAAAAAGAAGAUGGAAAUGUCACCUAUGAAGGUUGCAUUGGCCAUCUUGGCCAUGGGAUUUGCCCUUCGAAGUUACCAAUUCCGCAAAAUGACGAGGAAGAAAUAUUGAGCAUGCUAAGGGAAGGCUUACAAGAAGAUGAGAUUGUGGCGAAAAUACUUGAGGAAAAAUGGGACCACUCAUUGGGUUCCGAUCGACAAGCCCGUGUCUGCUAUGUCGAGGAAAAGGACAUAUGGCGUAUAGCACAUCGCCACGGGCUUGUUGAAGGAAAAUAUCGUCCUCCCAAAAAACAGGCUGUGGUCGAAGAAAACUCAAAACAAAGUGAGCCAGACGAAGAAGUUUCACCUGGAGUUGAACUCGGCUGUCAUGUGAAGAAGUGA